AUUAAACCCAUGACACUUUUUUGUCUUCAAUUCCUCAUUGUACGUUUCUAUGCGCCAACAUGACAAAAGAUUUUUAAUAACUUACCUGAAUAAACUAUACCUGUAGGGUUGACUUUUUUUAUGCAGACCCAAAUAAAUUAUUACUAGUACUACAAAAACUGCAAAAAGUCAACAAGGGCAACCUUAUUUUUUUGUGUUUUGCAGCCAUUGAAAGUAAACAUGACUUUUGAAAUUCUCAAUAAUUUAUUUUUGGUUUUUCAAUUCUCAAAUAAUAAACAAAACUAGAUGGUUACAAAUUAUUUCCUAUUAAAUAGUUUCUAUCAGAAUAAGCUUUUAUGUGUUUCUUCUCUCAGUGAUUCAUUUGUCUCUUUCUCUUCGUUUCCGCAAUAGAACGGCAGAAUCCGUGACCACCCACGUUCUAUAUAGAUCUUCCAUCUCAUUUUUUCUGCAUAAAGUUGAGAUUUUUGGAUUGGUUUGUGAGUUUUUCAUUCUAUUGAUCAUCUGGGUGUGGAAAGUUUGAAAUUUCAGACCUCAAGAAGUAGAUGUUGAGAGACAGUUGAAAUAAAUGGAUAGUCUUUGUUGCUUCAACUCUGCCAGAAAGGCUGUUGGAUCAUGUAGCUCUGGCAAAGGCAAGAGCAAUCAGUACCCUCUUAAGUAUGGCUUUUGCUUAGUUGAAGGGAAACCCGAUCACCCAAUGGAGGACUUUCAUGUAGCGAAAAUCGUACAGUUCCAUGGGCGAGAGUUAGGACUUUUCGCCAUAUUUGACGGACACUCGGGAGACACCGUGCCUGCCUAUUUACAAAAACAUCUCUUUGCUAAUAUAUUGAAGGAAGAAGACUUCUGGACUGAUACGAACAGUUCGAUCAUCGAAGCUUACGAGUCAACGGAUCAGGCCAUUCUUUCUCACAGUCCUGACUUGGGCCGAGGAGGGUCGACUGCAGUGACUGCCAUUCUUAUAAACAAUCAGAAGUUAUGGAUAGCAAACGUUGGAGAUUCACGAGCUGUUCUGUCGAGGAAAGGGUCCGCCAUACAGAUGAGUAUCGAUCAUGAGCCCAAUACCGAAAGACGCAUCAUCGAGAAUAAAGGCGGCUUUGUCUCAAACCUUCCAGGAGAUGUUGCAAGAGUGAAUGGACAGCUCGCAGUUUCUCGAGCAUUCGGAGACAGAAACCUGAAGUCACACUUGCGAUCUGAUCCAGACGUACAACCCGACGAUAUCGAUCAAGAUACUGAGCUCUUGAUACUUGCUAGUGACGGUCUAUGGAAGGUAAUGGCGAAUCAAGAAGCAGUUGAUAUUGCAAUAAAGAUAAAAGAUCCAGAAAAAGCAGCAAAACAACUAACUGCAGAGGCAUUGAAAAGAGAGAGUAGGGAUGAUAUUUCAUGCAUUGUAGUUCGUUUCAAGUGAUGAUACAAGUUUUUAUAUAUGUUUGGAAAUCUCAAGAAAUGAGUUAUCAGUUUGGAAUUUUAUGCAACAUAGGUUUGGUAUUUAUCCUAUGUAAAAUUGAAGCUCUUCAAUUAAAUUAGAUUUAGUGAUUUCUUAUGUGUAGAUUCACAUUGUUAUUCUUUUCUUUUUGUAAUUUGCAUUGUUUAUGACAAUGAAUAUUGGAGUGAGUUUAAUCGUUAAGUUGUAUAUUUGAAA